ACGUAUGGGCAAGCUAGGAGACUGGAUGAUUACUCGUGUAGCCCUCGCUAUGAGGCUGACGGGGGUAGAGGCGACUCUCGAGUCCGGUGGGAGUCGGAUCAGGGCCGGCGAGACGGGUACAGGGAUGGCAGAUAUAAGAGAUCGGACUGAGAUGGAUACAGGGAUGGCAGAUAUUAGAGAUAAGACCGAGAUGGAUAUAGGGAUGACAGAUAUGAGAGAUCGGACCGAGAUGGAUAUAGGGAUGACAGAUAUGAGAGAUCGGACCAAGAUAGACAUAGGGACGACAGAUAUGAGAAGUCGGAUCGAGACGGAUACAGAGGUGGCAAAUAUGAGAGAGGAGAUCGACGCGAUGAGCCGCGCGGGCGAUACGACCGAGGAGACGAACGUGAUGAUUCACGCGGGCGAUACGACUGAGGAGACCGAUGUGAUGAUUCACGCGGGCGAUACGAUCGAGGAGACCGACGUGAUGAUUCACGCGGGCGAUACGAACAUGGAGAUCGCCGUAAUGAUUCGCGCGGCAGGAAUGAGAGAGGGGGAUAUGACGCGUCGUCUGAUCUGUAUCCGAAGUCCCCUGACCCCAGAGCAGCGAGAGGUUCGACCUCCAGGGGCGCAGACGACAUGCCACCCACUCCCAGGAACUCUUGCGACGGAGAGCGGAUCAAUGGAGAGGAGGUUAUUCUUUUACCGCGAAAGCGGGGAGGUGAAGAAGUUUUUGAUGAAAAGUUCGCUGGAUGAGAUUGACACGGUCGAGCCACUGAGACGGGCCCUUCGGCAGCCCAUGCAGUGCUCAAUUCUGGAGUACCCGGCGGCGUCCAAGCCAGCUCGCGACGAGUUACAGAUGAUCACGCGGAAGACUCGCAUACCUCUAUCAGAGGAGGUUCAGGUGGCCCCAAAGGUGGAUGCACCCACCGUAGCAGUAUUGGAGGUGACAGCUAGAGCAGAUUGCAUGGCGACAGUUUUUCUUGAUGGAAUGGAAGGUGUGCCUCCAGACAAGUUUUACAUACUUGGAAGUGGGACCGUGGAGGCGGUCCUAAACGACGGAGCGGUACUAGAUGCUGUGAUCGAUAACGACAGCGAGGCUGUCAUUAUAGACGAGGAUCUGGCAGAGCAAGUUGGGCUGGGACUCGAUAGGUCAUACUUAUUCGAGACAGAGACGGCUGAUGGGAGAAAGCAACAAAUCACAGGGGUUUAUCACAAGGCAGCCAUAGAGGUCCAAGGGAUACGUGUGACCCUGCCAGUCUUUGAAGUCAAGAACUGCAACUCUGACCUGCUCUUGGGACGGACGUGGUUGAGCCGUGUGCAUGCGGUAACGAUAGAGUGACCGGACGGGAGCCAGACAUUGUCCAUCAAGAAGCUAGAUGGGGCGCGGAUUAUGAUUGAGACAGUGGAGCCUCGGGACCCG